GCAUGCUCAAAUGUUCAAUACAAUUCACAUAGUGUUCACUUAACUUUCAAAUAUAUACUGGUUUGAGAUACUCGAUAUAUAUAUAUAUUUGGUACUGUUUGGUCGAAGAAGAGUUCAAUUGAAUUUCUGUAAAGUAUAGGAAAAAUCGUUGUUGACGAUAUGUUGGUUAUAAUAUUGCUGUGUCUACUCAUGGGCCCACCAGUUAUAGUCUGUGGAUUCCUACACUAUGUCACGUACGGCUGGAAUUCAAGCGCCCAGGCUUUGAUACUGUUUUUGCUGGUGAAUACCCUUAUAUGCUUAUGGGAAUUGGUAUUAUACUAUAAAUACGAUCGCAUACACAACAAACACACGAAGCGUAUCAAGGACAACUUCUACACGACCCAGCCACAGUCUGAGGAUUUCAUCUUUGUCCAGGAUGUGCCGAUCACAAAGGCAUUCUGUCCCGAUUUGUGGAGUCAGAUUUGGAUCGAUUAUGGGUACUAUGAUCCCAGCUAUGCCGACAAAACAACCUUUGGAUUUAAUAUAGAUGUUGGAAAUGGGCAUUCUACGUUGUUACCGUCCUUGCUGAUGGCAGUGUCCAUUAUCAGUCCCAUCUUCAGUGCUAAAGUGACUGGGAUGUUGGGCAUGCUGUUGUUCUAUCAGACAUGGUAUGGUACGGUGGUCUACUUCUUCUCCUAUGUCAACUGUGGCCGAUAUCUAAAGUCCGCUUGGAGUGACAUUGGCGUUGUGCUUUUCGCAAAUUGUAUUUGGAUCGUAUUUCCCGUGCUUGGUUUCUACUGCUCGGUGAAGCUGAUCAUGGAAGAGAGUUUCGCGUGCUUGCAAUGAAAGGGAAUGUAUAAUAGCUAGUCACGAGUAAUCAACUAGUGUGACACCGUUUUAAUGGCUUCACUGUGAGCUGGAACGAAUAUAUCGCGACGUCGCAACACAAGGUAAUUUAGUCUGAUGUUGGGCUGACUGGUACUGCAGCUGCCUAUCUUCGUCCGGAAAUAAGAAGGUUGUCUACGUUUCUGAUGUUGCGAGCCCGAGUAAAAUGGCAUUCUUUCACUAGCAAUGAAACAAAGCUUUGUCAUACCUCAAAGAGUGAAAUGAUAUUAAAUACAGAAAUACGCCUGCAGCUUUAAGGGGACUUCCACAAGAGUUUCAUGAGCGGCUUGAAAAGUGUUAGUAGUUGGGUUGCAAAAGCAAUGUGCGUGAGGUCAACACUGCUUAAAAGUGAGGCGCGGGGUUUAUGAGUUGACUGUUCGAGUUCGCUCAAUAUCAUGGUAAUCACUAACCACGUUGAACAAGAAGUUUGAAUUUCUGGCGCGUACAUGUCCGAAAUCUAUAACAGCUAUCUAUAUGCUUCUGAAAGGAAAAGCAGCACAGUAAAUCAAAAACAGUAUAAGCGCUGCGGAUAUUUGCCUGUGGUCAGAUCUUUCUAUGUAGCAAUUAUGUGAGGCGUAUCCCUACAUCGGUCUGUAAACGCAGUGUAUGAUCUUACCGUAUGGGC